CAGGAAGCUACUGCAAUAGAAAGCGAGAAAUGUCUCUGUUGCCUCCAAAUGAUAAGUAUUCCGGUAACAAUGCAGCGGUUUUUUGCAGUGACCGGAAUGGAGUUGGGUCUUCUGCUGUUGAUGGUAUUGACCUUAACGGGAAGCGCACCCGCACAGACUGACCAGUACAGCAGAGCGGUGGAUUGGUUGAGCAGGUAUGGCUACCUUCCUCCGCCUGACCUGCGAGCAAGUAAACUGCAGACCAAAGAGGGGAUUGAGAAAGCCAUUCGUGUCAUGCAGAGAUACGGCGGGGUCCACGAAACUGGGGUGCUUGACAGUGAAACCCUCAAACUCAUGUCCACACCACGAUGCUCCCUCCCUGAUAUUGUUGGAAGUGAGGACAUGCUGAGGAGGAGGAGGAGGAGGAGGAAAAGAUAUGCUCUGUCAGGCCUCAAGUGGCAUAAGACAGACCUCACAUGGAGUGUCCACAGCUACCCAUCGCCCUCCCUCUCACCCGGUCUGCCUAACAGUUUGGUGGACACCAUCCUGACUCACGCCUUCAAAGCCUGGAGCGACGCAACCCCCUUGAAUUUCCGUCGGCUGCCGAGUGACAGCAGGGGGGCGGCAGCUGGAGGGGACAUCAGAGUGUCUUUUACCCGCAUGCUUCACGACGACGGGUACCCUUUUGACGGGCAGGGUGGCACCCUGGCCCACGCCUUCUUCCCCGGCAGGAAUGAUGUGGCGGGUGACACACACUUUGAUGAUGAUGAGAUUUGGAGCUAUGGAGGUUACAGCAGCACAACAGACUUGUUCACAGUUGCAGUGCACGAGUUUGGCCAUGCACUGGGCCUGUCCCAUUCCUCCUCUGAUCCGUCCAUCAUGAGGCCAUACUACCAGGGCCCUGUGGGAGACAUUCAAAACUUCAUGCUGGCCCUGGACGACAAGCAGGCCAUCCAGCAGCUUUAUGGUGUGAAGGAUGGAGGGCCGCCAGGUGGUGUUGAUCCUGAAAUCCCGCGCCUGCCCAGUCCACCUCCUCCAAGACCAACACAGCCUUCUGACCCCUCAUUCCACGAGCGCUGUCGGGGAGGCUUUGACGCAGUGGCAAAUAUCAGGGGAGAGGUCUUCUUUUUUAAAGGUGCACACUUCUGGAGAACUAAGCAAGACGGGUCUUUGGUGUCCCUCAGUCCAGCUCAGAUCAAAAGCUUCUGGAUUGGCCUGCCGCCAGGAACAAACAAGGUCGACGCAGUGUAUGAGAGGAAGAGUGACAGCAAAAUCAUCUUCUUCAUUGGAUCUCAGUACUGGGUUUUCAAGGACACGGUGGCCAUGGCCGGUUACCCUCGACCCCUCUCUGAAUGGGGCAUGAGGACGAAGAGGGGGGCACUGGUGGAGAGCGUGGAUGCAGCCUUCAUCUGGGCCCACAACGGCAAAACAUACCUGUUCAGCAACGGGGAGUUUUGGAGGUUUGACGAGAGCCGUAUGGGCGAACAGGUGACCUGGCUGCAAGCGCCGGACUACCCACGGAACAACAGCCUCUGGGGAGGAGUGCCCUCCCACAUGGAUGACGUCAUCACCUGGGGAGAAGGAGAUAGCUACUUUUUCAAGGACAACCAUUACUGGGUGCUGAAGAGAGGAGGACUCAACCAAGAUGUCGUCACCCCUAAGUCCAUUGCUGUAGACUGGCUCAGAUGUCCAGCUCCGCCUGCAACCCCCGCCGCUCCAGCCAAUCCUCGACACCCAAAGGAGUGCAGCUGUGACUUAAAGGGAUCAUCUUCAGGCCUAAGAAGCAGCUGGCUCCUCCUGAUCUCUGUUAUAUUGGUAAUUGAUACAUUUAUUAGAAAAUAGAAACCUGACUUUGUAAUUUGUGUGGCUUCAGGCUUUUUUUGUACUAGUUCCCUUAUUUCACUGGGGGGUAAUAAAAGCUAUUUACAUCAUCAUACACUUAGAGUACAUUACAAUCCAUUAGCUGGUUUCAAAUUACAUACUAGUGUCAUGAAAAGCGUAUGUUAAACACCCUGCCUUAUACUUUAACAUAAACCCUAUGUUACUGUAAUUACUUAUUUUAUUUACAUACUGCUGACCAGUGAAAAUAGUAAAUUUCGUGUCCUCCCUCCUUCCCGCUAUAGAAUUUCACACCCUACUUUUUCUAUAGUGAGUAUUAGAUUACGCGGAACACAGAAAUCCAGCACGUGGGGUACUCCCUGUAAUGAGGCCUUACACAACCACCUUAUGUUUGGACAGUAAACAGGCAGAUUAGAGUAGAUUUGUGCACGUGCAUAUAAAUAUAUACACAGUACAGACAGAAAUAUGCUUUGUGAAGAAGGACCUGUGGUUUGUUGUGUUAUUUGUAUAUUUUGGUGUUUGAUGUUCUUUUCUUGACCCGGCCACUAUUAUUAUUACAGUUCUGCACACAGAAAUGUGGACUCACAAGCAGGAGCAGUUAAAAUAUUAGACAAAAAUGAUCAAAAAGAGUGCAGAUGUAUAUGCAGGGGAAUGGGGAACAACUGUACUGGGUGCAACUGCAGGGUGUUUGGAGAACAGUGCAUAUCUGAAAUGACAGGAUGGAUUGAUGACUGAAAAAACAGGAAAAACAACUGUACAAAGGGACAGAAGUAGACAUUGUGACAUACACAUUCAAGCUUUUUAUAUUUUAUUUCUUUUACUGUAACAAAAGAAAAAAAACAUUUUCUUAUUUGAAUAUUAAAUGUUGUCUGUCACUGUAAUGCUUUUGAGGUGGAGCUCUUAAGGUGUAAUUAAGUAAAUCAUUUAAGUUAGUAAGGUUUAGGGAUUUUGAUUUAAAUGUAAUCAUUUUCAUUUUCUAGUUCAUUUUAAUGCUCAACUUAUGUGGUAGAUGUAGUUACUAUAAAAGUAUGUUGUAUUGUAGCUGCAGGUCUGUGUGUAAGGAAUCAACAAAU